AUGGAUCUUGAUCAACCCCAGGAGCUCGAUGCCAUGGAGGUCGAUUAUAACCCAAAUUGGAAGUGCUCAGAUGGACCGAAAGAAUUCCACAAUAGCUGUGCGUCCCAUUACCAACACGGCCGAGGUUAUGAUGAAGUAGACGAUGCUUAUACCUGGUAUAAGAAAGGCACCCAGCUGAAACCAAAUGGAGAUAUAGUUGAUAAGAACGUGAUAUACGGAAAUGUGGGGAGUGAUUGGACCAAGUAUCACCCCGAAUGGAAACCGACUACAACAAGAAAGAAAGAUCCAAGGUAUGAAGAAAGGACCAAGAAGUGGAAAACCUGGUUUGUAGACGUACCAGAAGAAGAUGAAAUAGCCAGACAAGCUUUAGAAGCCUAUGAAAAGAAACAUCAGAAGAAAGAGGUGUAUGAAUUAGAAAUUCCCUAUGUCAUCCAACGACAUAAGAAGCGACAA